UCUUAAGCGAACAAGGUGUUGAACUUUAUCACAUCGCUACUGGAGUUCCGCGAGGAAAUGCCAAAGUGGAGCGCCUCAUGCGAACUGUUUUCAACAUCUUACGUGCAACGUUAACACCAGAAAAGGAAAAGAAGUGGCCAACUGCAGUUGCUGCUGUUGAGGAUGAUCUAAGUGUGACUGUCCACACUACGACUGGUCCCGUGCCAGCAGUCUUACAAUUGGGACUAAACCCACGACUUGCUGCUACUCGAGAAUUUUUGGGUGAUGCACCACUAGAUGACAAUUUUGUCGAUCCCCAAAUGGCCGUCAAGGAAGCCCGUGUUCGAGUGAGUAGAGCAGCACAGGACCAAGCACGAUGAUUCAACGCGUCACGUUUUCGUGCAGACUUGUUUCAAGAAAACGGUGUCGUACCAGUAGAAGAAUCGCAAUUGGCUGGAGGAGGAAAACUCAAGGCAAAGUUCAAAAGGUAUUAUACUGUUUGGAAGGUCUUGCCCAACGAACGAUAUGCGUUGGUAAAGAAGGGGCAUCGAUCGCCGCCCAUGAGCACCUGAGACCUUGGCCCUGAACGGAGCACCAGGUGUAAAAUAACAGAGUUGUCAUAAUGACUGGACAUAUGGAAAAGUCGAAAUAUGAAGCUAGUGAAUUAGUUAAAGUCAUAAAUAAUUCGUUAGCAAACAGCAAAACUUGUAAUUUUGGAUUGGAAUUGUUGCAAAAUUUAUUACCCCACUGCUCAAAUGAAAUUCUUAUGGAAAAUAUUUUACACUGGACGAGUUACUGCAUCGUUCAACAUAAGGAAGAUACCCUUCGGGAACUUAGAUUAAAUACCCUCGCAAGGAUAAUAGAAAAUUCAGACCAUUUGGAAGGUUUCAAUAAGAAAUUUGUAACAGAAUAUUUAAGUGCAACCUUAAGAAUAUGUUUGGUACACCGAUCUGAUGAAGAAGAUGUAGCAGCUUUGAACUGUUUGAUGCAGUGUAUGAAGAAAUAUCCUAGUUGGUUUGGUAAUCAUAAACAGAAAGUUGAAUCAUUUUUGAUUGAAUGUCUAGACAGUUCUUACGAAUUUCUGGCCGAAACUGCAGCCGCUACUUUCGUAUGUUUUCUUGAGACAGGUCCGGCAGGUCAAAACGGAACAAAUUAUGUGGCAAAUUUUAACAAAAGCUUUAAAAGAAUAUGUGCGACAAUUCAUAAAUUGUUCAACAAUUUCUUGAAUGAAAGUUCUGGACAAUAUUAUUUUGCGAAGAUCGAUGAAGAUGUUCUUGAAUUUAAAAAAUUAGGAGGUGAUAUUCCGUCACCUAGUAAUCUUGAUGUGGUUACAAAAAGGAUAAUUAAUUGUUUGAUUUUCAUAAAAUUUUUAAUUGUUAAAAAGUUUUCAGUUGAGAAACGAAUAGAGCCUAAAUAUCUUAUUGAUAUCGUAUGUAGAGGAUUAUCUAUACAUAUUUGUUCUUCAGCGUCUGCCAUGUUAAAGUCCAUUGGAGAUCACAGUGUAUAUUUGAAAAAAGUUCAGUUUCAUCUGCUUUCCAUUUUUCGAGUUUAUAUAAAAAGGUUCUACACAAGUUUAAUUCCAUUUUCUGUAGUUAUAGAGAAUAUUUUCUUAAACCUUUUGCAACGUGACCACAAUAAAUGUGACUGCUUUAUUGUAGACAUGUCAUUCAGAGCAUCGGUAUAUAAGUCUCUAAGUAGUUGGUUGUCAGCGAGCACGAUCAUAAAUAAUGAAUUACAAUAUCAAGAAAAGUUAAUAUCCAUUAUAUUUAAGGAUAUCAUGUCACCAAGGAGGACUAUGUUAUUAAGUGUUACGGAUUCUAAUAACAAAAAUGCCGAUGACCGCAGCUUGAUUUUAAUUAAUCGAGAAAUUAUGUAUGUCCAGGCACUGGAUACAUUAAAUUCCUUAGUAUUGUCAAGCUUUUUAUUCGACCAAAAUUUAUUGAAGGAAGUACUACUUUUUAUCCUAGGAAGACUCAAUAAUUCGCAGCGUGACAAAGUUGACCCUGUCUGCAAUAGUACGUUAUGUCAAGUUAAAUUACAUGAAGUUUUAAUUUCGCUUAUUAAGAUAGAACAUUCAGUAGCUCUACCUUCACUACAUUUUAUUGUUAACUUACUACAGAGAGGACUAAUGAAUCAAAACUGGAAAAUAUCUCAAAUGUCGAGACAGGGUUUAGAUAUACUGGAAAAAAUUAGUCAGCCUCUAUGUCCAUCUCUGCACGUGUCCACCACACAGUCGGCGUUUCAAGAUGCACACCGGAACAAUUUAUUGCUUGAUGAACAUGAAGAAACAUCUCAAAAGAGCAAAAACAAAUGUGAUAAAGAGAUAAAUAUUAUAAGCAAUAUCUUGAUUAAUACGCCAAAUGAAACAUUGUCGGAAGAACCUGAACAUAGUUUUGUUAGUACAGAAAUAGAACAAGACACUGCCAUGGAAAGCCAAGAAGAAGACACACCAGUGGUGUCAGUAUCAGUUUCCCAUGAAAAAGAAGUGAGACAAGAUGUAAACCAAGAAGAUAGUACGGCUUCGGUUGCAGAGUUGGACAAUAUGUUUUGUUCAUUUCAAGAUGUGGUACAAGAAUAAAGCUUUCUUAAAUUGAAAAUUAAAUUUUAAUUCUUUAA